AUGCAUUCAUUUGAAACAAACAAAAUAAUUAAUAACGAUAUAGAAAGAACGGAUUUAAGUAGAUGGCGACUAAAAGUUGAUCAUGGUAGACAGACAUGGCAUUACUUAGAUGAUGAUGAGAUUAAAAAUUGGCCUCAAUCUGCCAUUGAUAAGUAUUGGAUUGGAUUACCUUUUACAGCUUUUGACACAGCUCGUAAUGGGUUCGAAUUUUUUAAACAAUUACAAACUUCCGAUGGUCAUUGGGCAGGUGAAUAUGGUGGGCCAAUGUUUUUGAUGCCAGGACUUAUUAUUGCAAUGUAUAUUACGCACAUUCCUAUUCCCGAAGCUUGGAGAAUUGAAAUUAUUAGAUAUUUAAUAAAUCAUGCAAAUUCCGUUGACGGUGGAUGGGGGUUACAUAUUGAACAUCACUCGACAGUAUUUGGAACUGCUUUGAAUUAUGUUGUGCUUCGUAUCUUGGGUCUUGAUCCCGAUCAUCCUGCAAUGGUAAAGAGUAGAGCAACUUUACACAAACUUGGAGGUGCAAUUGGUAUACCUUCGUGGGGAAAAUUUUGGUUGGCAAGUUUAAAUGUAUAUGACUGGGAAGGGCUUAAUCCAAUUCCGCCAGAACUAUGGCUUUUGCCAUCUUAUGUACCAUUUCAUCCGAGUCGUUAUUGGGUUCAUACUCGUGCAGUAUACCUCCCAAUGGGAUACUGUUAUGGACGUAGGUUAAGUGCCGAAAUUACUCCACUCAUUGAGCAACUUAGGCAGGAAUUAUAUGUUCAACCAUUUGAUACAAUUAAUUGGUCUAAAGCUCGAAAUAAUAUUGCUAAAGCUGACCUUUAUAUUCCACAUACAAAUUAUGAAUUAAUUAAACUUGAAGAUGAAAAUACAGAAUAUCUUGAUAUUGCUCCCGUCAACAAAGUCCUUCAUAUUCUUUGUACAUAUUACGAGGAAGGACCGGAUUCUAAAGCAUUCAAACUUUCCAAAGAAAGAUUAAUUGAUUAUAUGUGGUUAGGUCCAGAAGGAAUGAUGAUGAAUGGUACAAAUGGCACUCAAGUCUGGGAUACUGCACUUACAGCUCUUGCUGUAAUUGAAGCAGGUCUUGCGGAUGAUCCAUCAAAUCAUCAAUCAAUGAUACAUGCACUUGAAUUUUUAGAAGAUGCGCAAAUAAAAAAAAAUCCUAAAGAUUCUAAAAGAUGUUAUCGAGAUAACACUAUAGGCGCUUGGGGUUUUAGUACCCGUGAUCAGGGAUAUAAUGUUUCUGAUUGUUCCAGUUUAGGUAUCAAGGCUGUACUUAAUCUUCAAAAACUUAGUUAUACACCAGAUUUGAUAUCUAAAAAACGGCUUUGUCAGACUAUUGACAUAUUAUUAUCCAUGCAAAAUGCUGAUGGGGGGAUUUCGAGUUAUGAGCUUAUUAGAGGUUCAAAACUUAUGGAAUGGUUAAAUCCUGCGGAAGUUUUUGGAAAUAUAAUGAUUGAAUAUAGUUAUCCGGAAUGUACAUCUUGUGUUCUAACUGCUUUAAAUACUUUUCGGAAAUGGUAUCCUGACUAUAGGGCUACUGAAAUAGAACAAAUUACCAAAAAAUCAAUUCAAUACCUAUAUAAUUCUCAAGAUGAAAAUGGAGGUUGGUAUGGUUAUUGGGCUAUUUGUUUUACAUAUGCUGCUAUGUUUGCUAUACAAUGUCUGGCAACUUUUGGAGAAACAUACGAAAAUAGUCAGGUAGUUAAAAAAGGAUGUGACUUUUUGAUUUCUAAACAAAAAAAGGAUGGUGGUUGGGGUGAAUCUUAUAAGUCAUGUGAAACAGGAACUUACGUACACCAUGAAAACUCUCAAGUCGUAAAUACAGCUUGGGCAUUACUUGCUUUAAUGGAAGGUAAAUAUCCAAACGAGGAGCCUAUUAGACGUGGUAUUCAGCUUCUCAUAUCACGACAAUUGCCAACAGGUGAAUGGAAACAAGAAGCUAUAGAAGGAAUAUUUAAUCAAAAUUGUGCAAUUAGUUAUCCAAAUUAUAAAUUUAUUUUUCCUAUUUGGGCGUUGGGCAUGUAUGCCAAAAUUUACAACAAUCCUGUAAUUUUUUAA